AUACACAUUCAAUGAAACUUAGCUUGAUUUCUAUCCUUGCCUUGGCGGGCAUGGCUGCUGCUGCUACAAUCCCUGAAGCUUCAUCACAAGGUUUUCUUGAGCGUUUACUCCAUGUUGACACUGAAGCUAUCAAUGAUAACCAAAUGGCCAUGUUGGCUAGAAUUAAAGAAGCUCAAGCAUCUGAAGACCUGUGUGUCAAUGCUGAAAACAAGAUGUUAUGUACCAUGGAUUCCCUUGUCAAGAGCAUUGCUGCUGAAUUAGAAAGCUAUGGUAUUCCUAACGCUCCUAGUGAAAUCGAUACUGCAAAAUUUGAUGAAGUCCUCGGCCGCUUAUUAGGUGUUGUUGAUCCUGCCGUAUUUGGCAAUUACCAAGCCUAUGUGGUGAACAUGUUGCCUGAUUCUUUCCCUCAUGAUGAAUUUGUUGCUUCCAACACAGACGAAAAUAGUUUGUUCAUCAAGAUCGCCGAUGAAAUGUACAACAUUUUCCAAAAUGUUCCCAACUUGACCUUGUCAAAACUUGUGGCUCCUUUCUUGGUGACCAACCCUGAAGCAAAAGCAAAGGCUAUUCACCAACUGAUUCAAAACUUGUCUAUUGAUGAAAAGGCCAUUUCUGAAACUGCCGCUUUUAAGGAAGUCAAGGAUCUUAUUGAUAAGAAGGUUGCUGAAUCAAAGGAAAAAGGUGAAGAAGCUGCUAUGGUUGAUUUGUCUUAUGAAGGUCUUUUGGAUUUGAUGCCUAAGGCUGAUGUGACUGAAGCUGCUUCUAAGCCUGCUGCUCCUGCUGUUGCUGAAGGAUCCAUCAAGGCUGCUGCUCUUGAAGUUUCUGCCAAACCUGCUGCUGCUAAAAAAGAAGCUGCCAAGGACGAAGAAGAAGAAGAAGUUGAUGAAGAAGUUGCUGAAUUAAUGGCCGAUGCUGACGCUAUUGAAGCUGAAGUCUCUAUUGUUAACAUCGAUGAGGAAGAGGAAGAAGAAGAAGAGGAGGAGGAGGAGGAAGCUGCAGAAGAAGCAUCUCAAGCUCCUGAACCUGCUCAACUUCUUGAUAUUGCUCAAGUAGAUGAAAAGGGUAUUGUUAUGCGUGCUGUCUUGAGAACUACUCUUGGUGAUGUAUUGGAUGCUGUUCUUGGUCUUGUAGGUGAUAUUGGUAAACUACUAGGCAAUGUUGGUGUCGAUAUUGGUGCCAACAUUUCUGUGGGCGGUAAGUAAUAAUCUCCUUCAUCUUUCAAUUCAAUAAACUAUAUCCCUUUUUCAAACUG